AUGUUAUUCGAGUAUCCGACUGAUAUUAGGUAUUUUCCGAGUGUAAAGUAUAACCUACUAUUUUCCAUUAAUUUUCCGUGUCUGGCGCCCGGACAAGAGUCUGAAAUGGCUUUGAACAACUUCCAGAGAACCAUGUUACGCGUGCCUUUUAUGCGCACAUCCGUGCGGUGCAUCGUCAGCAAGGCUUUUCAAGCUACGCUGGGACCAAAACCGGCUAAGCCAGCCCCAUUCCCGUAUAAAGAGAAAGACUAUACGUUACUCAGUAGUAUGUUUGACAAAACCACUAGCCGUUUCGAUGAAAAUACCAGGUUGAUUGUUCUCGAAGGACCAGUCGGAAUUGGUAGGUGUUCCUAUGCACAUUUAAAGGAGUUAGAGUGACUCAAUAGUUUUCUUGCAUGGUAUACACAUAAGUAGUAAUAGUAAUGAUGGAAAAAAUUGUAAAAUAAAAUUAUGUGUAAAAAUAUUUUGCUUGGAGAAAUGGAAACACUAGAGAAUAUAGACUAUGGAAUAAGUUUAUUAGUUAUUAAGGUGAGAGACAAUAGAUUGAAGUGGUUCAGACUUGUGAUGAGAAUAGACAAGUCAGAGUCUGUAAGAGUAGUUUUACAAAUUAAUGGGUGUAAGGAGAGGAAGAGAAAGAUCAUUAAGUGGAUAGUUAUACAUGGUUGAGGGUUAUAGUAGGACUGCUAGGGAAUGUGUGUAAAUGAUGUAGGAGACCAAAUCAAACAUUAAGUUAAGACCAAGGUGGCCUACCUCAAAAAUACGGAUGGAGAUAAAAAAUGUUGCCACUUUGUGUGUCUCUUAAGUGUAUUAUUGUAUUUUACAGGUAAGACUGCCAUUGGAAAACAACUUGCUGAACUAUUGGAUAUGCAUUUUAUGCCAGAUGUUACAAUGGAUUUUUAUUAUUUAAACGACUAUGGUUAUGAUAUGCGUAAACUGGACCCUCAAUUGCCAGUCAAUUGUCGUAGUUUUGAUGAGCGUAAUUUUCUUCAAGACCCAGGACAUUUUAAUGCUGCUUUUUUUCAGAUUAUCAAAUUCAAAUUGCGAUAUGCUCAAUACAUAGAUGCUAUUGCACAUUUGUUAAACACUGGUCAAGGUGUUAUUUUAGAGCGUAGUCCAUUCAGUGACUUUACGUUCUUAGAAGCAAUGUAUAAAUGUAAGUAUGUCAGUAAAACAGCACGUGACAUAUACUAUGUGUUACACAAACAUGCAAUGCCAGAGUUGUUACAUCCACACGUGGUAGUCUAUUUGGAUGCACCAGUACCCAGAAUAUUAGAUCUUGUAAAGGAAAGAAAAUUACCUCAUGAGGUCAACUCUAAAGCAAUGAAUACUACAUAUUUGGAAACUAUGGAACAUGAAUUUAAGUAUAAAUUUUUGAGAGAUAUCAGGUGAAAAGUUUAUUAUAAUAUAGUCAUUUCAAUCAAAUUAAUUUUAUAUUUAAUACAAUAAAUGUUUGUUAUUUGCAGUAAAAAGUCUGAAGUAUUAGUUUAUGAUUGGUCAACAAAUGGGGAUGCUGAGGUUAUUGUAGAAGAUUUAGAACGUUUAGAUUUGGAUAACUAUGAUGAUGAUGACCCUAAGAAAUUAGACUGGUUUUAUACUAGAGAACAAUACUGGGCUGAUGUUCGAAUGAAGUGAGUGAUUUAUAUAGGUAUUUUAAAAAUUAUUAUUCCAAUUGCCAUGAAUUUAUGAUAAUACAGUGUAUCCCACCGUGUUCAAUGGAUUUUUCUAGCUAUUAAAUUUUUUUCAAUUGAUUUAGUUUUGAGGGGGGUUUCGAUUUGGAGAAAAAUGACAUUUUUAUUUCCAUAAACACAAAAAAAAAAUGACAUGAUACUAUACUACAUUCUAUUCCCUGUCGAUUAGCAUUUAUCUAGAAAAAGAUUGAGUAAAAAAUGAACUGAAUUAGAAUAAUAUAAAUAAUAAAUAAAAGAUCAUAAUUUAUCUAGAUAAUGCCAGAUAAAUUAAUUAAAAACAACAGUUAAAUUUUAAAAUGUUAUGUUAAACAUCUUAUAAAAUAUUAUAAUAUAAUAAGGUCAAUAUAAUAAAGUUAAAUAAGCUUAUAUAAGACAAUUUUUUUAGAUCUGAGCAAAAUCUAGUAACUAAUAUAACUACAUAUAAAAAUAUAGUAAAAUAAAUACAUUUUUUUUUAUACAUGUUUGAAAUACUGUGAAUAAAAUUCAUGUUAACUGGGGUUGUUUAAGCGCAAUAAUCCUUUACACAAUAAGUGAAAUUCCCAUAAAUUUGGCCUUAGAUUGGUAUAAAGUUUAGUUAUUACUUAUAAAUAAUAUAAUCUUUUAACUUAAUUUUAAAUUUUACACUAUUAAUGCAAAGUAUUGAACACAGUAUACAUCUACCCAUAUAAAUAAUUUAUUUAAAUAAGUGACAUUUUUAUCCAAGAUGAAUAUUUAUUUAAUUUGAAAUGAUUUAUUUACAUAAAAAGAUAAUUAACAUUUAUCUAUGUAAGUCUCAAUACUAAUAUCUAAUAAUUUAUUAUUAUUUUUUUUGUAAAGAUUCACCAAUGAAAAAGAUGAUUUAAUGGGUAAUUUUAAUUGUCCUAUUGUUGAUGCUCCAGAACUUAAUAUACCCGGUGAAGAAGUUGAAGUUCUUACAGAAGCUUGGUUCACAGUAAGAAUAACAUUUAUUGUUUAUCUAUCAUAUUUUUAACUUACUAAUAAAUUAUAAUGUUUUAUUUUAAACUAGGUCCCACUUUUAAUUCUGAGUGUAUCAAGAAAUGUAUUGAUUUUACUUUAAUGUGUGCUUUUUUUUGUCUGUGAACAACUUUUUGAAUUAAAUUUUACUACUAUCAUUAGCUACAGGUGUGGUUUUUGGUAACAAAUUUGUUUGGUGUCAUUCUUGAUUUUUCUUUUACUUAUCUACUCUUUUUAUUAAUAAGAGGAAAAAUGGAAAUAUUUACACAAUAACAUUGUUUGAUAAUUGUGUUUUAGUUGUUGUAAUUUGAUAAAAAAUAAUGGUAGAGAUAUCUGAAAUUUCCACUGUAUACUUAUAUUAGCACUUUCUAGACGUGGUAUAAUUUCAAAAAAUCUUGUUUAUUGAAUUAUUUGAAAUUGUUCAGCUUUUUAAUUUUAUCAAUUUGAUAUGAACAGUUUUGUAUUAAUGUAAGAAAAUUUGAUAUAAGGUUAAUUAUGAUUUGUACUUAAUGGUAAAAAAAAAUUAUGUGUAAUCUCUUUAAAUAUUUUAUGUACGUUUGAAGUUCAAAUUUUGAUGAAACAAAAAAAAAAAAAUCAAACAAUUAUAAUUAAAUACAUUUUGUUUUUGGUACCUAGUUAUAAAAUUUGAUUAUUAAGACUAAUUCGUAAUUUACAGGCUGACGGUAAUACAUACGAAUAUGGUUAUGAUCCAAAACGUCACGGUUUAAUGGAAUUGUUAUUCAAAUCUAAAGGCAGAAAACAGAAGUGGGAUCCAUUGGCGUAA